GGGAGUGCGGGAGGCUGUGGUUGAAGGAGGCGGCGGCAGCGGCAACGGCUAGCGGACACGAGUCACAACCGGACUGAGGCAGACACCUCCGUGGAGCAAGUCAUUAGGAGCACCGAGCACCGGAGGCGGCACCGGGAUCCCCGGCUCAGGGGAGGGGGGCGCCGGACCGGGAGGAGGGGAGGGGGCGAUGCUGGAAGCCAUGGCGGAGCCCAGUCCCGAAGAUCCACCUCCGACCCUUAAGCCGGAGACUCAGCCACCAGAGAAACGGCGGAGAACAAUUGAAGAUUUCAACAAAUUUUGCAGUUUUGUUUUGGCCUAUGCUGGUUACAUACCUCCUAGCAAAGAGGAAAGUGACUGGCCAGCCUCCGGCUCCAGCUCCCCAUUGCGAGGUGAGAGUGCAGCGGACAGUGAUGGCUGGGACUCAGCCCCCUCAGAUCUCCGAACCAUCCAGACCUUUGUUAAGAAAGCAAAGUCAUCAAAGAGAAGGGCAGCCCAGUCGGGUUCCACCCAGCCAGGACCUCCAAGGUCCACUUUCUCUCGCCUUCAGGCCCCUGACAGUGCCACCCUGCUUGAGAAGAUGAAGCUCAAGGACUCUCUCUUUGAUCUAGAUGGCCCCAAAGUGGCAUCUCCCCUGUCCCCCACAUCCCUGACACAUGCAUCCCGGCCCCCUGUUCCUCUCACCCCAGUGCCCCUUUCUCAGGGGGAUCUCACCCAGCCUCCUCGAAAGAAGGACCGAAAGAACCGAAAGUUGGGGCCAGGAGGUGGGGCUGGCUUUGGGGUUCUUCGGAGACCUCGGCCAACCCCUGGCGAUGGGGAAAAGAGGUCUCGAAUCAAGAAGAGCAAGAAACGGAAGUUGAAAAAGGCAGAGCGAGGGGAUAGACUCCCACCUCCUGGGCCUCCCCGGGCACCCCCCAGUGAUACAGACUCUGAAGAGGAGGAGGAGGAAGAGGAAGAAGAAGAGGAAGAGGAAAUGGCAGCAGUGGUAGGGGCUGAAGCCCCAGCCCCUGUGUUCCCAACACCCCCUGAGGCUCCUAGGCCCCCUGCUACAGGGCCCCCUGAAGGAGCUCCUCCCACUGACAGCGAAAGCAAGGAGGUGGGCAGCACUGAAACAAGCCAAGAUGGAGAUGCCAGCUCUAGUGAAGGCGAGAUGCGGGUCAUGGAUGAGGACAUCAUGGUAGAAUCAGGUGAUGACUCGUGGGAUCUGAUCACGUGUUACUGCCGAAAGCCCUUUGCAGGACGGCCCAUGAUUGAGUGCAGCCUGUGUGGGACGUGGAUCCACCUCUCCUGUGCUAAGAUUAAGAAGACCAAUGUCCCUGACUUCUUUUACUGCCAAAAAUGCAAGGAACUUCGGCCAGAGGCGCGGCGGUUAGGGGGCCCUCCGAAAUCUGGAGAGCCUUGACAUCACCAGCGCCAGGCUGGAACUUCUAAUUGACAACAUGACUUGGGAACUGAGCCUUGGGGUCCUCAGCCCAUCCCCUGAAGCUUGGACAUUGUCCCACUUCAAGGCAGGAACUCCCAAGGGAGACUUGCUCUGGAAAUGAGGGUCUCAUGUUCCCAUCCUCCCCUUCUUCCUCCCCCUCCAACAUCUGGACUUGAACGUGGACCCACUGCAGUUGAGGGCGAGAGGUUGUCUGGGUCCCUAGAUACACAAUCCCUGCCCAUUGGACCUGCCAUCCUUCACUUUUUGGGUCAGGGUUGGAAUUGGGAAGGAAUGGGGCAGCUGUCUAUAAAACUCUAGUGUAAAUAUUAGCACCCCCCUCCCUCAUCGUUUUUUCUCCUAUCUCACUCCUCAUUUAUUUUCUUAUACACCGGUUGUAUUUUUAAUUUUGGACUUCCCCUUUUGGGCAUGGCAGCUCAAAGGUGGAGUACCAAAGUCUGGCCGAGAGGGGAAGGAAAGCAGAAAGGUGACAUUUCUCUCAUCUCUUGUUUUUAAUAAUAUCGGCUAGCUGUUUGUACAGAUGGCCCGUGUGUUGUAAAUAAAGCGGAGUGGGCUCUUU